CGCAUUAGUAGGUUUUUGGCCUUCCUCGGGGUUCGGUGAUCGCGUGCGUGUGUGCGUGGGUGUAUUAAGCUGGCGUUUUCCUACGGUCCGAAGGAGCACGCCUCGAGUAUUUCUAACAAAUUUUCGCCUGUUUAUAUAUGAAAAACUGUGUAACCUGACAAUACCCAGUAUAAAAAUUGACGCACGUAACGGUACCCGACAAAGUACGGGUACACCUCUGAAAUAUCCGACUCGAAACAGGAACACUAGAACGCGAAAACCCCUGAUUUGCACCCCCACAAUAAACUAGUGAAAGAACGACCAAAAGAUAGUGCACCUGUGCCGGAUGUACAGUUACACGCGAGUCGUAUACAAAACAAAAUAAGAAUAAUGACCAAUUAGGGUUAUACGUAUACGUACAUGCAUGCAUAUCGUACCUGCACACAUCUAUUUGACGUUUCGAAUAGAAAAAAAGAUACUCCACUACACUCGUGUUCGGUCUGUUUUCCCCUCUUUUGUUCGAGUGACUCGAAUAAAAUUAAAAAAAGAAAGAAGAUCAAAUAAAUAGUUAAUUAAUUAUCUUUUCACGCAAUAACACACCGAGCGAUAGAAUAAACAAAGAAAUUCGAUCAAGAUAGAUGUAUAGAAAGAGAGAGAGCUGGACUGAAUAGGGAAAAACAACAGAAGAGUGGUGACAUAUUGUCUCGCGUUUGAAAUAAACGAGUAACAGAAAACACAGGAGAAUUUUCGAAUGAAUGUUCUCGUGCAACGUGGAAAGCUCUCGCAACGGGCUUAAAUACACCCUGUUCGUACGCCCGUCUCUCUGUCUACCCAACACCUUACGGGGGCUACAAAAAGUAUAAAUAUGGUGGAUGGUGUGCGUGAUGGUUAGCGAACUGGCGCGGGUUCGACGAGGGGCCAAGAAAUCAUACGGCAGACAGUGACUGUGUGUGGCGUUGGUCGGAAGCUAGAAACGACCCCGACCAUCUGAAUAAUAGUAGAGGUGCGUUGUAUGACGAGGACGACGACGACGACGAGGUGGAAAUCGAAAAAGAGAAGGAAAAGAAAGAAGCCGCCUCCUUCUCAUUCUACUGCUGGUUCAUGCUCAUUCUACUGACGUUGCCUUUGUCUCAUCCGUAUCAAUCGACAAAUGAAAAGUCUAUCCGCUACCUGCACAGAUAUGCCGAUCGCGAACAUCGUUUUAACACCGGAUAGAGUGCGUGGUGGUGGUGGUGUGCGGCUGUGAAUGAAAUUCGACGUCUGGGAUGAAUAAUAAAUAAACAAAAGAAUCGGCCUCAGUCGUCCAUCUAUCAUAAUUAUUACGAAUGAAUUGUUCAAAUUUUUUAUCAACUUUUCGAGUACGCGCAUGGAUACGCGAUUUUGUGUGCGUUAUGUGAUUAAUUAAUACAGCAAAUUUUUAACGUAAAUAUAUAUAUAUAUAUACAUAUGUGCAUAAAUACGCCGGUUUGAGGGCGAAUAUUAUAUAUGCGAAUAGAAAAUUGUGCAAAGUGAAAUAUCGCACCGCAACGAAACACGGAGACAAAGACAGUUGAUGAUAAUCAUCGCGGUAAUGGUGAUAGGUGUUUUUCAACCUCAAGUCGUGAUAAAACUGCCCAAAGGAAUUUUAUUGUGAAGAAUAUAUGAUAUAAAUAAAAUCAUAAUCGACGUACGAAACUUUCGAAAAGAAGAACGACGAUCUCAGAUAAGACGCUGAAGUAAAACGUGAACGAAUGAUAACAGAUUUGACGCACGUAACUUGAAUCGUCAGUGAUACAUAAAUAUACAUAUGCUGUUUGAUAUAUUGCGUGCGUGUGUGUGAGUGAAUGAGUGAGUGACUGAGUGUCUGUGUGCGUGCGUAUAAUUUCGGAUGUACGAAGUCGGAGAAAUCAAUCUGUCGGAUUUAACCAAUGAAAACUGGAGGAUAUCUAAUUCGUGACUGAAACAUAUAUUGCACUGCCAGGGUUAAGGUGAAUACAUAUGAUCAUAUUGACACUUCAAAUUAUACGUACGCUAACGCGUAACUCUGUGUGCGGAGAAGAGAAAUGAUCGAUAUUGAUACAGGUUCUCAACGGUGUGCGUGAUUGAAAAGUAAAGUGGAAGUGUGACCAUUCUUGCUGUUUACCUGUAAACCGAGAAACAAGUGAGCGCCGGAUUUGAUACGAUUAAAUAGCGAAUAUUUAUUUUCGUUCUCCGACGGUGAUAAAAGUAAUAAAUAAUAAUAUUAACCACCAUAGUAGGAGAAUAAAGAAAGCGCGAAGCGGGAGAGACUGAGAAAAACAAUGAAAAACAAUUGAAUGGAGCGAAGUCAUCAAACUUGGUCGGCCGGCCUCGUGCCAACAACCUCUCGGCUAAACGCGUGCAUCUCAUAAUGCGUUUGUCCUCCUCGUUUACCAUAGAGUAUAAAAUUAGACGUUCGAAUCAACGUUUGAAAUUUUUUCUCAAAAAUAUACGACGGACAAAACAAAAGAGAUAGGUAAUACAAUCGGUUUAUUAAUUGUUGUUUAACGAAAAUAAAGGGAAAUAUUAAUUCAAAUAAAUGAACAAAUAAAUAAGUGAAUCAUAAGUGACAUUUUAAUAACAAUCGACGAUCCUAUUUCAAAGUGUUGUUUCAUAUGAGUGUAGAAACUCGUUUUCCAUAGUUCCUUACUGCAUUUAAGCGGGCAAUUUGAAAUAGAUAUUUUGUAUUUCAAAUUGAGACUAACACUAACCGAUUUCCGUGAUCUUUUUAUACGUUACGAUUUUCAUAAUAAAAACGCGCAAGUAUCUCUGUUUGAAGAAAAUAGAUUCAAACUUCGUCUAGUCUACCACAUUUUUUGCAUCGUUUUAUUUUUCGUUUGACACUUCAUUACUUGUUUUUGUUUCGUUUUAUUUCUCUCUAUUUAAAUUAUUUCAUUGAAAGUACUUGUCCAAUCGUUUCAUCUUCAUUUUUCUUUUUCGUUGUAAAAAGAAAACAACAAAAAAAUUCCAAAAAAAAAAAAAAAAACAAAGAGGGAAAGAAACACUUUUGAAAUCGUGAUAUAAACCAACGCUACUGCCUCUGCAAUCGACGAUCUCAAUAAACCACAGUCACACAACUUAAAUAUCGCAAGACAGCAGGUGUAGAAACAAGAGGAAAAAGAAAAAUAGAAAAGCUCUGUUCUCGGUUUUUUGUUUUGUUUUUUCUUCUCAUUUAAAGUGAACAUCCGCGUCUCGCCUAUCAGUAUAAUAAUCGAACAAAUAUAUUACCGUAAAAUUGAGACUGAAAACUUAACAACAAAUCUCUCUAUCACGUUUUAAAUAAGCCGAAGUAAAAAGUUUUUCCCUUCGACGAUAUAAUUAAAUAAAAUAAAUACAUAAUAAUUUUUCUAAACAGAAAAAAAAAACAAAAAUCAUUGUAAUAAAUAUGAGCAGGAUAGAAUAAAUACUAACCGAAGGGAAGAACGCGAUAAAUAUUAAAUAUUACAAUAAAAAAAUUACAAUUCUAAAUGGGCACAAAUGACUAGCUUAGCACUAGUUAGUAGUUUUAUCGAGAUGCCGCUAUCAAGACCGAACGCGUUUGUACCAUCGAACGCGAUAUCGACGCAGACAUACAUCUCGACAAACGAAAGUAACCACUUGCCCCCGUUAAAAGGGGGCAGUCUAGUCUUGAAACAGGGUGAAUCGCCCCAGAGUCACUCGGCGCAUGGAAGUACGCACUUGCCAAGUUUGGGUUCGAGCGCUAACAACAGCCUGCAAAACCUUCCUAGCAAUUCGGACAGCCUGAACAUCAGCCUGAGUUCUCACACGAGCCAUACGAGCCACAAUUCUAGCUGCCACAAUUCCCAUUCCCAACCAAACAGCCAGUCGAGCAGUCCUAUGGUGAAAAAUGGCAGGACGGAAGGAAACUCUACGGUUGGCGGAAAGCCUGCGACAACAAUCGCGACUCCCGACACAGUUAUGAAACUCUACAUGAAGUACCUUACGCCGCACGAACAUCACGAGAUAUUCAACUAUCCGCAGAUAUACUACAUCGGAGCUAACGCUAAGAAGCGACCGGGGAUCAUCGGGAUCGCUGCUAACAACAACGGGUACGACAACGACCAGGGAUCGUACAUUCACAUCACUCACGAUCACGUAGCCUACAGAUAUGAGGUACUCAAGGUAAUCGGCAAGGGUUCGUUUGGUCAGGUCGUCAAGGCCUAUGAUCACAAGACCCAGGAACACGUCGCGCUUAAGAUGGUCAGGAACGAGAAAAGAUUCUAUCGACAGGCUCAGGAGGAGAUUAGAAUAUUGAAGAAUUUGAAGGAACAGGAUAAGGACAAUACAAUGAACAUUAUACACAUGUACGAUUCGUUUUCGUUCAGAAAUCAUAUGUGCAUCACCUUCGAACUGCUUAGUAUUAAUCUCUAUGAACUCAUUAAGAAGAACAAGUUUCAAGGCUUCAGCCUCGCUCUUGUUAGAAAGUUUUCACAUUCUCUGCUACAGUGCCUCGACGCUCUCUAUAAGAACAAAAUCAUUCACUGCGACAUGAAACCUGAAAACGUCCUCCUCAAACAACAGGGACGCAGCGGUAUCAAGGUGAUUGAUUUCGGCUCAAGCUGUUACGAACACCAACGAGUGUACACGUAUAUACAGAGCAGAUUUUACCGAGCACCCGAAGUGAUAUUGGGAGCUAGAUACGGGAUGCCGAUUGACAUGUGGAGUCUGGGUUGUAUACUGGCGGAGAUGUUCACCGGUUUCCCCCUCCUACCAGGCGAAGACGAGGCCGAUCAGCUGGCCUGCAUAAUAGAGCUGCUGGGCAUGCCGCCUCAGAGGUUGCUCGACAGUGCUAAGAGGUCGCGGAACUUCAUAAGCUCGAAGGGGUACCCGAGGUACUGCACGGCAACUACGAUGAGCGACGGGACGACAAUGCUCAGUGGCGGCCUCUCGCGUCGGGGGAAAAGAAGGGGUCCUCCAGGAUCUAAGGAGCUGAAGAGGGCGCUGAAGGGAUGCGAAGACGCCUACUUUCUCGACUUCAUACGAAAGUGCCUAGAGUGGGAUCCCGAGCUUCGGAUGACGCCGAAUAAGGCGUUAAAGCACAACUGGCUUAGGAGGAGGCUGCCCAAACCACCUGGUGAAAAAAAUGACUCUCAACAACAACAGCAGCAGCAGCAGCAGCAACAGCAACAGCAGCAAAACGCUGUGCCGGUAACAGCGCCAACUUCCGGACUGAGGACACCCGCUUCCGGAAGUAGAAACUCUAGCAAAACAACGUCGAUUCCGCCGUUAAGUUGGCGGACGGACGCGGAUUUACGAUCUAUGCUUAAGAAUUACAAAUAGUACGAGAUUUACCAGUCCAGUUAUGGAUAGUUGCGGUUGUUACUAUUGUCAUUAUUAUGUCAUCGAUAUGUUUGAUCAUCGUCGUUGCAUACCUGCUGCAUAUGACGUCGGUUCAUCAUUAUCGGGUCAUUGCUUAUACAAUGUCGUACUGCGAUGACCAAAACAAAAAUUGAAAGAAAAAAAUACCGCGGACUAGUUUUUCUUUCUUUCUUGAUUUGUUUUGGAGACUACGGGAACUUGACGAGUACGUCUGCACGGUACAGCCCUGGACUCUUUACACCCUCAUUAACAUGUGACAAUUGUUUGGACGGCGUCCGUCAGACGAGUAGUAUAGAUUAAGUGAUGAACGGCGGCUACGUGCGAAUGACAAAUUCGAAUUUUAACUGUCUCUGCGUUUUUCUAAAAAAAAAAAAAAAAAACACAAGACGUUUAUUUUAGAGUCGACCCAAAUUAAGGGUUUUAGUGUUUUGACUAACUCCAGCGUGCUGGCGGUACUACAAACUCAAUUAACAAGCGGCUGGAUAUCGUUUUCCUUUUUUCCUCUAUUUCUCUCUCUCUCUCUCUCUCUCUCUCCCUCUCUCUACCCCUUUUUUUGUUAUACCCAGUGAUUGUGCAGGGUCUGAUACAUAUUGUCUAAUAUUGCGAUUGACAUAAAUAAAAUAUGUAUCUAUCUAUUUAUGUCUCUCUCUUUCGCUCUCUCGAGAUGUCUUGUGUUAGGUGAAUUUAAUAUUGAACGAGAUGAGAUCGCUUCGCCGUCACAUCUGCGUUUCUCUUCCGUCUGUAAAUUGCCAAGAGAGGUACAGAAGGCUUCGUGACUAAGGCAGCAGUUUCAACUUGGGUCAGUUUUCUUUUUCGAACAUAAAACCAGUGUCGUUCAUAUAUCUAUGUAUAGAGUUUUCUUAAAACCCGACCAUUGCAAACGGACCACUCAAAAUCUCAAUGCCCUGACCUGCUGCAGCUUUUGAGCCAUCUUGGAUCAUAUCCAGACUUUUGUAAUGCAUGUUUCUCCAUCACGUCACAUGUGCAGUAAACACCUAAGUUAUAUGGCAAUUAAUAUGAACCGAGUGGUCGGUUUAUUCUCGACCUAAAUCGGCCCUUCAAUACAGACCGGGGUAAAGUAUUUUUGUAAGUAAAAUACUCAGCAACGGAAAAUUAGCUUCAACGUUGAACCGAGAAAAAAUAUUUCUUACUACGACAACGGUUGUCAAUAUCGUUGACAUUACAGAAAAAUGUCGUACAAUUGAAUGUUUAACGUCAUUUUAAUUGUCAAUAGAUAAACGAGAUGGAGGAUUGUUCAUUCCAUGGAACGUGGAAAAAGUUCGAAAGAUAUUUCUUGUCCUGAUACUUGAUAUCUUUUAGCUGCUGCGUUGACGAGGCUACAAAUUCAUGUGUCUUAACUAAAUUUUAUCGUAAAAUUCAGUGCAGUAAACUUUGUUGCUGGUUGACUGUGCGAAUAUAAAGUGGUGUAAUAAAAUAGACCGUGAAUGCUGGUGACGCUCGUUAAGUUUCAUUAUAUGCAAUGAAAGAAGAAGACAAAG